ACGUGCCCCAGUAAUGCGGCCGCGUCCGUCUGCAAGCCUACUGUCGACGACGACGGCCAGUGUGUAGCGGGUUUUUUUUUAAUUCAAAUUUUUUUAUUAUUGUUAUUAUAAUUAUUAUUAUUAUUAUUGUUAUUAUUAAUAUAACCAUUAUUUGAUCGCCGUCGUUGUUUUAGAUGUUAUUGUAGUAGUUGUUGUUAUUGUCGUUUUUCUAUUAUUAUUAUUAUUAUUAAUAUUAUUAUCAUUAUCGUCAUCGUUAUACUAUUGUAUUAUCAUAAUUCGAUCGGCCGACGACAAACACCUGACCGCUGCUGCAAGUUGUCGUCGUCGUCGUCGUCGUCAUCAUUUUUUCGUAUGAGUUUUUGUUUUUUUUAAACAAUUAUUUUUAUCCGUUCUGUUUAUUCGCCCACAAUUCGCACACGUUAUCGUAACGAAAUCGUAUUCGGCGUAUGCGACCUGCAUAAUAUUGUUUUACUGCCGUACCUAUCAUCGCCGUCUUCCGCGACCGUUGGACAAGAGUGCUCGGAACAUCGUCGACAAAACGGAUUGCAGGCCGAUAUGGUGGUGCGGCCGCGGCCCGCAAUGGAUUGCGACGGAUGUGUGCGGGCGGUGCGUGCACCGUCGUCGGCGCGGCACUGAGACAAAAGGUCCAACGACGAUUGCCAGACGAAUGGGCGGAAGAAGAUUGACGGCUGACUGUCCGGUGUCCGGUUGAUGGCCGCGGAACGCAAUGCGGGCACCGGAUUCGAAAACAACGGCUGCGGCGGCCCGCGGCUGCCACCAAUCGGUGCGGCGGUGCGGUGGACGGCCGCAGCCGCCGCGGCCGCCGCACAGCCCGACAGUCAGAAGGAGAUCAGGUUCCCGCUCACAAAGCAGCCACCACCGUCCGCGCCGGCGCAGGCGCAGGAGCUGUACCGCCGGUUGCACAGCCGAUCGCUGUCGUCGCUGCCGCCCGAACCGUUCAUGAUAAUGCGGUCGAAGGCCCUCAACCGGAGAGUGUGCAUAAACGUGGGCGGCGUCAAGCACGAGAUACUUUGGCGGACCCUAGAGCGGUUACCGCACACCAGGUUGGGCCGGUUGAGGGACUGCAACACGCACGAGGCGAUCUCCGAGCUGUGCGACGACUACUCGUUGGCCGACAACGAGUACUUUUUCGACAGACACCCGAAAUCCUUCAGCUCGGUGUUAAACUUCUACAGGACCGGCAAGUUGCAUCUGGUCGACGAGAUGUGCGUGCUGGCGUUCAGCGACGAUCUGGAGUACUGGGGCGUGGACGAGCUGUACUUGGAGUCGUGUUGCCAGCACAAAUACCACCAGCGUAAGGAGCACGUGCACGAGGAGAUGCGCAAGGAGGCCGAGUCUCUGCGGCAGCGCGACGAGGAAGAGUUCGGCGAGGGGAAGUGCGCGCACUACCAGAAGAUGCUGUGGGACCUGCUCGAGAAGCCCACCACCAGCAUCGCGGCAAGGGUGAUAGCCGUGAUAUCGAUACUGUUCAUCAUUAUGUCGACGGUGGCGCUGACGUUGAACACGAUACCGUCGCUUCAAGUGGAGACGAAGGGUGUAAUCCAGGACAAUCCGGUUUUCGCCAUGGUGGAGCUGGUGUGUAUCACGUGGUUCACGCUCGAAUACCUGCUCCGGUUCAGCGCGUCGCCCAACAAGUGGAAGUUUUUCAAAGGAGGCCUGAACGUGAUCGAUCUGCUGGCCAUACUCCCGUACUUUGUGUCGCUCAUACUGGUGGCCGAGACGGACAAGACGGACACACACCAGUUCGACGACGUGCGCCGCGUCAUACAGAUAUUCCGCAUCAUGCGCAUACUUCGCAUACUCAAGUUGGCCCGGCACUCCACCGGCCUGCAGAGCCUCGGGUUCACGUUGCGCAACUCGUACAAGGAGCUGGGCCUGCUCAUGUUGUUCCUGGCCAUGGGCGUGCUGAUAUUCUCCAGCCUGGCGUACUUCGCCGAGAAGGAGGAGCCCAACACCAAGUUCCUGUCCAUACCCGAGACGUUCUGGUGGGCCGGCAUCACCAUGACCACCGUCGGUUAUGGCGACAUAUAUCCGACCACGGCCCUGGGAAAGGUCAUCGGCGGCGUCUGUUGUAUCUGCGGCGUGCUGGUCAUUGCGCUGCCCAUUCCGAUUAUCGUCAACAAUUUUGCCGAGUUCUAUAAAAACCAAAUGCGACGGGAGAAGGCGCUCAAGCGGCGUGAAGCGUUGGAGCGCGCCAAGCGCGAAGGAAGUAUCGUGUCCUUCCACCACGUCAACCUCCGGGACGCGUUUGCAAAGAGCAUGGACCUGAUCGACGUGAUCGUCGACAACGAGAGCGACAUCCCGAAGCUGUCCAAGCAGAAUUCGCUAAGAUCGCACGUGGGCAGCAAUUAUUCGCAGUACGACGGGACGAGUAGUGGCAGCGAGACGGUCCCGUUGAACCCGGCACCAGCGCGGGGUGCCGCGACCGCCAAACCGGAACACCAGACACUAUUGGACAUCGACAAUCCAGAACAAAAUGCCAAUUCGUUCGGGAAACCUUUCGAAAGCUCGGGGAAUAUGACCGUGAGUUGUUUUAACGAAAAAUUAGACGAAAAUUUCAAUGAGUUCGAAUGUUGCUCUUGUAGACAAAAGGAAGUUAAAGAAUACUUGGACGCGGAACACCUAACGCCGUACCCGACCAGUGACCUGCGGACGCCGCUCAGCGUGGAGAUGAGAACGCUCAAGGAGGCCGAUGGGUCGUCGUCGGGUGGCGGGCAGUGGCGUUCGCGCAACGAGGUGGGCAGCGUCGACAGCUCGGACACGUACAUCAGCUGCAAGUCGCAACCGUUCCAUUCGCAGGGCGACCUGACAGCCGAUGACCUGCACGACACCGUUUUCGAGCAGGUCGGCCACGUCCCGGCCAGUGGCGUCACCGCCGCCGGUAAGGGCAGUGACGGCAGCGGCAGCGGAGUUGGCGUCAACGACUCCAACCUGUACGUAAACCCCCUGGAGAGUGCCGGUGGUAAAGGUGGCAAGGGGGGCCCGCCCCGGAGCUUGGGCACGUCGCCGAUGGACGAGUGCAAAGAGUUCUCGGGCAGAACUGCGGCAGUCGGCAGUCGCGGAAGUCUCAACGAGACGGCCAAACAGCGAAAGACAAGAUUUUCGCAACAAUCAAACAUAGGAGAAAGUUUAUUUGGCCGAUCGUCUCAAGAAAGUUUGGAUGGUGCACGGAAACGACGACCUUCGUUCGGGUUGUCGUCCAAAACAUUGACUAAUGCUACAAGAAUAAUCAAUCAACAUUUGUUCGGGUUACCACUAAUAUCUAAUAAAACAGGGAAAAGCGGCAAGUCCUCGCCAUCAGUGUCAGCUGAAUCAAUAAACCGUUCUCCGGAACCGCAUCGGAGGUCAAAGUCGAUACUGAAACGGCACCAGAACCAAGGGUCGUCGCAGGUGACUCAAGACUCUCUGUCUGGUAACCACGCGAGGAUAGGUAUCCGACGUACAGCACAUGUGGAUCCAGAAACGGAAAAGCUCAUACCAGACAAUCUAUCGGACUGUUCACCGGGCAAGAGUCCGAUGUCCCCGCAGCAGCAGCAGCAGAAUCAACCCCCUCAGCAGCAGCAGCAGCAGCCAUCGCCGCUGCCGCUGCCAUUGCCACUUCCGCAGCCUGCACAUCCGCAACAGCCACGGCACAACAACAACCUCCACCACCAUCAACAGCAACAGCAUCAAAACCACCACCGCCACAACAACAACCACCACCACAACAACAACAACGGCCGGACUACCAAUGGCGGCGGCGGAAGAGCGCCGGUCGAAGUGGCGCUGCUGCAAGAUCUUCUCGAGGACUCGGGCGGACCAAUAUUUAUAUGUCCGCCACCGCCGCCCAUGAACGACAACACCGACAAGAGGUACUCGUAGCCGUCGCACUACGUGGUACUUGUAUACGUAUAUUAUAUGAUAUAAAUAUUAUAUUUGUGAAAUCGUAUAUCACCACUCGCAAGCAAAAUUCGCAGACGCACGCGCGUAGAAUAUAAUAUUAUUAUGAUACGAAGACAAUAAUAAUAAUAUAAUAUAAUAAAAUAUAUACCUACAACUACUCGCUCGCCAUUAAGCUACCUAUAUGUAGUAUACUAGUAAUAUUAUGUAUAUUUUAUUAUAUUAUGAUAUAAAAUAUAAUAUAUGUGUACAGUCAUCAAGUGCCGCUGCCAUUGCAGCGAAAUGAGCGUAUUAUGAUGCGCAUCCUGUAAUUAUAUUAGCCAACGAAUUGCAAGAACGCCGCCGCCCGUCCUGGCUGGGAUACCUCCAAUAAUAUAGUGGUCGCGCCUUUGUACGGCGUUUUAUUUUAACAAUACAUUUUACGUACAACAUACAAUAUAUAUGAUAAUAAUUAUAUGUAUACGACCUCAAGAACAACGUAUAUAUAUAUAUAUUAUAUGCAUACCUACUAUAAAGUACUAUAUAUAUAUUUAUAUAUUAUAUAUGUAUGAUGUAUGUCGUAUGACAUGUAUGUAUGUAGAUUUUUAACUAUAACGCAACUCUCGUUUUUUUAAGAGAAAUUUUCAAAUUUAAAUCAUAUGUAUAUGAGAAAUGCUCAUUUUAUCAUCAUCAUUAGAUUGUAAUAAUUAUAUAUAUUUUAGUCUCGAAGUAAGUGAAGAAAACGAAAUAUAAUCAUUUACCGUAGUAUAUACGUAGAUAUUUGUAAAGGACGCUUCUUUUUAGGCUUCCUAUCGGUCAACUCUGUUAUUUAAAUCAUCGCUAUCAUUCAUUAUCAACGUAAUCAUCAUCGCAUCAUCAUCGCCAUCAAAAUCAUCGUUGUCGUCGUCAUUAUAAUAUGUUAUGUACGUGGUGUACAAUAUUUUCGUGUCGAAACGAUUUUGUUCCAUACAUCGGCAUACGCAUCGUCGUGUUAACCCGAGUUUAACCCGUUUACGUUCAAAAUAUACGUUGCCAAAUUAUAACAAUCUAUCAAAAAAAAUUUCAACUAUUAUACAAUGUUACUGUUUUGUUAAGAAAAAAAAUCAAAAAGAAAAAAAAAAUUUCUUCGGGUCAAUUUUCUUUCCUAAAUAUUUCUUAUAUAUAUAAUAAAUAAUCAAACGUUACCUACCUGUAAUUUGAUUUUUUUUUUUUAAUAAUAAAAAUUAAAGACUGGGAAGCAAAUGAUGAAUUCAUUAUAACAUUAACAGGAAAUUAAGCAUGCAUUUUGCACUGGCCUUUUAUAAUUAUAUUUUAAUUUAAUUAUAUAUAUAUUAUUAUUGAUAAUUUUACUUUAUACCCACUUGGCACAAAAAAAAUUUUAUCGCUACGCAAAAUUAAUUUUUAACGCGAUCUCAAUUUGAUAUACCGACGGUAGAUAAUUAAAAAUGUAUAAUGAUAUUUUGUGAAAGUAUUUUAGAAAGAAAGCAAUAUUGUAGUUAAAUAUAAUUGCGUAGUUGACUUAAUCAUGUAAUUUUAAUUGGAUUUAAAAAUGAAAACAUUGUAUACGUACCAAUCGAUAUAGGUACGCAAAAAUUGUAAUGUGCAUUGAGCACAAUUUUUUUAUAGUUCGGUCGAAACGAGUAAUUUAUUAGUAUAGAAGUACAUAAUAUUAAUAUAUAUGAACAAAAUUAUAGUUUCCGUUUUUUAAUUCGCCUGUGAUUUAUCUUUUGUUAAGUUUAUAAAAUAUGUGUAUGUAUAUGUGCAACAAUAUACAUAACAAUGUUAUUGAGCA